GAUAAGACUCCUUUUAAACCCGUCACAUUCCAAAACCAUUUGGAUUCCUUGAAAAUGUGGUCAAUAUCUUUUCUUCUUAGCGCUUUUGUAGCAAGUUGUUCACUUUGCUCUACUUAUGGAUUAUUUACAUUUUCAAACUACUAUCAUGAUCACAUGGUGCUACAGAAGAGUUCAACAGGAACCACAGUAUGGGGUCAUUCUAGCAAAGUUGGUGAUGUUGUACACAUAAAAAUGAACAACAGCGAAGUUUUUCAAGCUGUUGUUAAAAGUAAUCAAAUAUGGGAGGCCAAAUUGACAAGUCCUUCUGAUCACGGCCCUUACAUGAUAUCAGCUGUAUCUAGUCUUGGAACAAUUCAGAUUUCUGACGUUCUGUUUGGAGAUGUUUGGAUUUGUUCAGGACAAAGUAAUAUGGAGUUCACCACUGAUAAGCUGCUUAAUUCCUCAAAAGAAUAUUCCGACUCAACAAGCUAUCAAAGCAUUAGGUUCAUUCAUAUCCACAAGCAAUUUUCAGCAACACCUUUUACCGACAUUGACUCAAUUAAUUCUGGAUGGAAUACACCCAAUGAAAGAAGUCUACAGACAUUUUCGGCUGUUUGUUGGCUGUAUGGGAAAUUUCUGUCACAGCAUUUUAAUUAUCCAAUUGGACUAGUUGAAACAAAUUGGGGAGGAACAAGAAUUGAAGCAUGGUCUUCUCCAGACGCUUUAAAACGUUGUGCAGGAUUUUCUGGCCGAAAAAGAAAUCAGUACUACGAAAGCCAUCUUUAUAACGCUAUGAUUAAUCCACUUCUAAGAAAUACAAUUAAAGGAGCCAUAUGGUAUCAAGGAGAAUCAAAUGCAGCGCAUGCGUAUAAGUACACCUGCCAGUUUCAAGAGAUGAUCUUCGAUUGGAGAACAAAAUUCAGUACUGCCUCACUUGGUACAACCAGUUCUUCAUUUCCAUUCGGAUUUGUGCAGUUAGCACCAUGGCGAGAGGGAGAAAGCAAUUUGGGAUUUCCUCAGAUUCGCUGGGCACAAACCAGUAAUGUUGGAUACGUGCCGAACUCACUGCUGCCACAUGUGUUUAUGGCGGUGGCUAUGGAUUUGCCGGACUUUCAUUCUCCGUAUGGAAGUAUUCAUCCCCGGUACAAGCACGAGGUAGCCUACCGUUUGUAUCUAGGAGCCCUGGCGGUGGCUUAUCAUGUUGAAGGGAUUAACUUUGAAGGUCCUUUCCCAACGUCUGCUACGAUCGACAACACGCACCGUCAUCUGACUAUUGAAUAUGACCGCGGACUUCAUCCCUUAGAAGUCAGAUCAAACCAAGGAUUUGAGGUCUGCUGUGUGAAUCAUACAACAAAUUUCUGCAAUGCGUUUGAUAACCACUGGUUAAAUGUGACCAUGGAAUCUCAUGACUUUGCUUCUGUCACUCUGGAUGUCUCUACAUGUUCCCAUGGAAAUCAUGUAGCACAAGUCAGAUACGCAUGGCGAGAGAGUCCUUGUCCUUUUCACCAAUGCGCUGUGUACGGAAAAAUAACCAAUUUACCGGGACCCCCGUUUACUUUUUAUGUUCACUAAUAUAAAUGAGUACUUUAAAUGUUCCGUUUAGCAAGUAAAUACAGUGACUUGAACUUAGCUGUCAACUGCGCUUUAUAAUUAUUGAUAAAAAAUAUUUUAAAGAAAGAAGUGGACUUCUUUUAUUUGAUAUAAAGAAACAAAACCAAAAAAAUUUGGAAUGAACGUUACAUAAUGUUUAAGCUGAGAUAAUAUGAAAAAGGAUUUACCCAUGUCUUUGUUAUCUUUU